AUGAAAGAAACCCUCGACGGCAGGAGCUGCACUAGCUUGGUUAUGAGAGUGCUAGUGCAAUUACAGAUUGCGCCGGCCAUGGAUGAGCCACUUGUAGACUCUGAGAACCACAAGUACGUAAACAUGAGAAAGAUUAUGGGAAACGUUGGAGUGUUCGUUUUAAUGACAAUGAUGAUUUUCACAAGACUUGGAGAAGGACAUAGAAAAGAAUUGAAUAAUUGUUUCGGUGGUGGGUAUAGAGGUAAAGGAGGGGGAGGCGGAGCUGGUGCAGGUGGAGGUGGAGCUGUAGGUGGUGUUGGUGUUGGAGGUGGACUAGGUGCAAGUGGUGGUGGUAGAGCUGGAGGAGGAGCUAAUGCAGGUGGUAAUAUUGGUGGUGGAAUGGUUGUAGGUGGUGGUAUCGGUGCUGGAGGUGAAGCAAGCAUAGGUGGUGGUGUAAGAAAUGGUGUUGGGGUUGUUAGUGGAGGUGGAAGUGCGGGGGCUAGUGGUGAAGCUACAAUUGGAGGUGGAGUAAGCACAGGUGGUGAUGCUAGAGCUGGAGGAGGAGCUAGUGCAGGCAGAAUUGUAGGUGGUGGAGCAGGUGCAAGUGGUCAUUUUGGUAGUGGAACUAGUGGAGAAGCUAGUGGUGGAAAAAGUGUAGGCAGUGGAGAAAGAGUUGGAGGAGGAUCAAGUGCAAGUGGAACUAUUGGUGGUGGAGCAGGUGCAAAUGGUGGUGUUAGUGUAGGAGGUGGAACAAAUUUAAGUGGUGGUGCAAGUAGUGGUAUUGGGAUUAUUGGCGGAGGUGGUACUGUGGGGGCUAGUGGUGGAGCUGCAAUUGAAGGAGGAGCUAGUGCAGGUGGAAAUAUUGGCAGUGGAGCAAGUGCAACUGGCAAUGUUGGUGGUGGAACUAAUGGUGGAGUAAGUGCAGGCGGUGGUGGUAGAGAUGGAGGGGGGGUUAAUGCAGGAGGAACUGUGGAUGGUGGAGCAAGUGCAGGUGCUAGUGCAGGGGUUGGUGGUGGUGGAGUUGCUCGAGGUGGUAGUGCGGGUGCUAGUGGUGGUGCUAUAAUUGGAGGAGGAGCUAAUAGUACUGGAACUGUUGGUGGAUAUACUUCUGAGGGAGCUGCAGGUGGAGUAAGCACUGGUGGUGGCGCUAGAGUUGGAGGAGGAGCUAGUGGAGGAGCAGGGGCAAGUAGUGGUAUUAGUGGUGGAACUAAUGGAGGAGCAAGUGCAGGUGGUGGUGGUAGAGUUGGAGGAAGAGCUAGUGCAUGUGGAACUAUUGGUGGUGGAGCAGGUGCAAGUGGUGGAGUCGGUGCUAAAGGUGGAGCAAGUGCAGUUGGUGGUGUAAGCAACGGUGUUGGGGUUAUUGCUAGAGGUGGAGUUGUUGGAGGCGGUAGUGCUGGUGCUAGUGGUGGAGCAACUAUUGGAGGAGGAUCGAGUGGUAGUGGAACUAUUGGUGGAUCUACUGCGGGUGGAGCUAUUGGUGGAGGAGUUGCAGGUGGAGUAAGCGUAGGAGGUGGCACUAGAAAGGGAGCUAAUUCAAGCGAAACUAUUAGUGGAGUAGAUGCAAGUGGCGGUGUUAGUGGUGGAACUAGUGGAGGAGCUAGUGAAAGCGGUGGUGGUAGCACUGUAGGAGGAGCCAGUGCAGGAGGAAUUGUGGGCGGUGGAGCAAGUGCAAAUGAUGGUGGUGGGGUUGCUAGAGGUGGUAGUGCGGGGGCUGGUGGUAGAGCUGGAGGAGCAGCUAAUGCAGGCGGAUCUAUUAAUGGAGGAGCAGGCACAAGUGGCGGUGUUAGUGGUGGAGGAGGAGGAAGUGUAGGUGGUGGUGUAAGUGAUGGUGCUUUGGUUGUUGGUGGAGGUGGAGUUGCUGGAGGUAAUAGUGCGGGGCCUAGUGGUGGAGCUACAAUUGGAGGGGGAGCUAGUAGUAGUGGAACUGUCAGUGGAUCUCCUACAGGUGGUAUUAAAGCUGCACAGGGAGCUAAUGCAGACGAAAUUGUUAAUGGAGGAGCAGGCGCAAGUGGUAGUGUUAGUGGAGAAGCUAGUGGUGGAAUAAGUGCAAGCGGCGGUGGUAGCACUGGAGGAGGAGCUAGUGCAAGCGAAACUGUGGGUAGUGGAGCAAGUGCAAGUAGUGGUACUGAGGUUGUUGGAGGUGGUAGUACAGAAGCUAGUGGUAGAGUUGAUGGAGGAGCUAAUGCAAACAAAAAUGUUAGUGGAGGAGUAGGUGCAAGUGGUGGUGUUAGUGGAGGAACUAGUGGAAGAGCUAGUGGUGGAGCAAGUACAAGUGGUGGUGGUAGCACUAGGGGAGAAUCUAGUGUAGGGGGGACUGUGGGUGGUGGAACAAGUUCAAGUGGUGGCAUAAGUGGUGGUGUUGGGGUUGCUGGAGGUGGUAGUGCAGGGGCUAGUGGUAGAGUUGGAGGAGGAUCUAAUGCAAGCGGAGCUAUUAGUCGAGGAGUAGGUGCAAGUGGCAGUGUUAGCGGUGACGCUAGUGGUGAAGUAAGUGCAAGCAGUAGUGGUAGCACUGGAGGAGGAGGUAGUGCAGGUGGAACUAUGGGUGGUGGAGCUAGUGGUGGUGUCAAUGGUGGUGCUGGGGGUGUUGGGGUUGCGAGAGGUGGUAAUGCGGGGGCUAGUGGUAGAGUUGGAGGAAGAGCUAAUGCAAGCGGAACUGUUAGUGGAGGAGCAAGUGAAAGUGGCAAUGUUAGUGGUGGAACUAGUGGAGGAGCUAAUGGUGGAGUAAGUGCAAGCGGUGGUGGUAGCACUGGAGGAGGAGCUAGUGCAGGGGGAACUAUGGGUGGUGGAGCUACUGGUGGUGUAAGUGGUGGUGCUGGGGUUGUUGAGGGUGCUAGAGAUGGUAUUGCGGAGGCUAGUGGUAGAGUUGGAGGAGGAGCUAAUGCAAGCGGAGCUGUUAGUGGAGUAGGUGCAAGUGGCGAUGUUAGUGGUGGAGCUAGUGGUGGAGUAACUGCAAGUGGUGCUGAUAGCAUUAGAGGAGGAACUAGUGCAGGCAGAAUUGUGGGUGGUGAAGCAAGUGCAAGUGGGGGUGUAAGUGGUGGUGCUAGGGUUGCUGGUAGUGGUAGUGCAGGAGCUAGUGGUAUAGUUGGAGCAGGAGUUAAUGCAGGCAGAACUAUUAGUGGAGGAGCAGGUGCAAGUAGCAGUGUUAGUGGUGGAACUAGUGGUGGUAGUGGUAGCACUGGAGGAGGAGCUAAUGCAAGCGGAGCUGUGGGUGGUGGAGCAAGCGCAGGUGGUCGUGCAAGUAAUGGUAUUGGGGUCGUUGGUAGCGAUGGGGAUGCUGGAGGUAGUAGUGCGGGGGCUAGUGGUACAGUUAAUGGAGAAGCUAAUGGUAGUGGCAUUAUUGGUGGCUCUACUAUAGGUGGAGGGAGCGCAAGUGGCGGUGCUCGAGUUGGAGGAGGAGCUAAUGCAGAGGAAACUGUUAGUGGGGAAGGAAGUGUUAGUGGUGGAACUAGUGAUGGAGUAAAUGCAGGCGGUGGUAGUAGAGCUGGAGGAGUUAGUGCAGGAGGAACCAUUGGUGGUAGAGUAGGUGCAAGUGGCGGUGUUGGUGGUGGAGCUAAUGGUUGAUAUAUGCAAAAGCCAAUUGUAGAGGUGGGACUAGUGGUUGAUUUAGUUUGCAAAUCGUGGAUGAAAGGAUGUAGAAGUGGCAUGGUUGCAAAUGGUGUGAUGGGUCAACACUAAUAUAACGCAGUAAAAGUAAAAUUAGUUACUAAAUAGUAGUUAUACUAUAUAACUAAUCAUUUUCUAUCUUAAAGCACCUUACAUGAGUCAAUUACAAAUUUC